UAUGGACAAAAGACAUACAAAUAGUUCGACCGAGUCUUGGAUUAACAGAUAAGAUCGUUUUAAUAUUAAGAAAAAAGUUGAUAGUGGGACGUUUAUUCGCAUAAAAUGUUGGCUACCUAAAUUCACUUUUUUCAAAUUUCUAUAGAGUUCAUGAAAUCUUUUAUUACGACCUACUUUCUUAAACUUUCUUUUCAAUAGUAUGAAAAUCACAUUUACUUUAUGGUGCAAAGAGAAUACAAAUACCUGAGACAAAUACUACGUAAGAUUAUGGUGUUUAAUGUCAUGUUCGGCUAGAAAAUGAAUUAAUAAUAAUUCAAAGAUUUGUUAAAAUGUUUAUGUUUACCGACAUAAUUUGAAGUCAACAUUUUAGUCGAUGUGGUUAGAAUAGUACCUAAGUAUGUUUCCAGUAUCUAUAAGAAAACUAUUGAAGAUGUUAUAUCUACGAGGUGUUUUUACAAAAUGCGAAGGAAUACCCCUAUCACUGAAUGAGUGUUUAGACUCGGUCCCAGAUUCGCGUUGGAGAUAUAGAAGAUUGAUAUUAUUAAUGACUACAAUACUAGUAUGCCUCUACAUAAUUGUCUAUCACAAAAAUAAUCAAGAUAUUGUAGGACAACGUCUAUUCUCAAUGAUAAUUAUUAAUCGACAGAAAGGCAACAUGGUCAAGAGCACUACUUUCAACAUUAAUGUUGGCAAAGUAUUAACUCCUAAUGUUCUAUACUCUCAAUCCGUCGACGAAAGCAAAAAUGAAAGCAAUUUCAUUCCUAUUACGAUAUCAAUAAAGUCUGAAGAUGUAUUUCAGAUGACUAAUAAAGCUAGAAAUACAUCGGCUGUUAAUUUAGACGUACCUCAUAAAAACAAUGAAAUACAAUUAUUCACUAUAACAAACAACGAUUUGCCUGUUUGUCGAGGAAUAGUAAAACGAAAUGGAAAGGAGGAGCAGAAAAAAAAUUCAAAGAAAUCAAUAGACAAAUUGUUCUCUGCAGUGCAAAUGGGUGGGUAUUUCUAUCCGAAAAAAUGUCAUUCAAGACACAAGGUUGCGAUUUUAGUACCUUAUCGAAAUCGCGAAAGAAAUUUAUAUAUAUUCACACACUAUAUGCAUCCAUUUUUGAUAAAACAAGAGCUGGAAUAUAGAAUAUUUAUUAUUGAACAGGCUGGGUGGGAGUCAUUCAAUAGAGGGAAGUUGUUCAACAUCGCCUUUGUGGAGGUUAUGAAGUACAACGACUGGCACUGCGUAGUGCUACACGACGUGGACUUACUGCCGCAGAGCGAUGCGAUUUUCUACACAUGUCCAACGUAUCCCCGGCACAUGGUCGGCACUGUUGUUGAGAAAGCCCAUCUAACAUACGCUCAAUACCACACUUUCUUCGGUGGUGUGUCGGCUUUAUCUGUGCAGCAUUAUAGACAAAUAAACGGCUUCUCGAAUCUGUAUUGGGGAUGGGGCGGCGAGGACAACGAUAUGUACUGGAGAAUUCUUUCUGCAAGGCUGCCCAUGGUAAGAUAUAACAAGACAGUCGCUCAAUACAAAUCUUUACCGCAUGCGGGGCAACCCAGGAAUCAUUAUAGAUAUCACCUAUUAAAAUUUGCUGCGUCGAGAUACAAAAAGGACGGUCUAUCGAACCUAGUGUAUAAAGUGAUUUGGACCAGGUAUCACCAUCUCUACACUCAUAUUCUGGCUGAUGUGAAUCCUUUGAAGGAAAACAUUACUAAAGUAUACAGAAAAAUGUUUCAUUCAUUUAAAUUAACGUAACCAUUGAUCUUUUGAUACGGAUAUUAUAUGCCAAUACUCCAUUUAAUAGUAAAUAAUAUAUAUAAGUGAUUUCUUAAGCAA